CUCGCACAGAUAAGUUCUAUUUGAAAAAAAUAUUAAAUUAUCAUUAUACAAAAAGGACUUUGUAAGGUCUACAGCUAUGGUUCGUUGUCUAUUCCUGUUGCUAGUGGCAACUUUAAUAGUGACUAUAGCAAGUUCAAGAAGAUUAUUAGACUCUCCAGACUAUCCAGCUUAUCCAGACUAUCCAGCUUAUGAAGAGUAUUCGGAAGACAACAGUAGUAGACUUACGAAAAGAGCUGCUGUAGCGUCCAGUGCGUCUUCGGAGGAGAUUGAGGAGACUCCCAAUGUUGAUUCUGCGGAAGAACCAUCACCGAAGGAAGAGAAAACUCCCGUGGAUGAAAGUUCCAGCGAUGUAGAUUCUGCGGAAGAAUCAUCGUCAAAUGCAGAGAAAAAUCCCGUGCUUAAAAGUUCCAGCGACUCCGAUUCUGCGGAAGAAUCACCAAAAUCGGAGGAAGAAGUCUCUCAGACAAGACGUCGUCGUUCAGCCAACGAAGUGAGAAACAAAAACUUGGAAAACCUAGCCACAAUUUGUCCCACAAAGAAACUAGAAAUUUUGGAAGGGGGCUCUUUUCUAGAUGUCAAAAUUGAAAUUCGUGAUAUGUAUAAAUUAUGUAAAGAUUUGCCAAAUCGCCACCAUUGACGUGAAAUCAAAAUUAGAGCUUAAAUAAGCUUUAUUAACUUUGAAAUUUUGUCUUUGAAAAUUUUUUUUUUAAUCAGCUUGAGGAAGUCUUAUCUUAUAAAUUUUUUGUGAAUUUAUGCGUUUAAGAAAUAAAAUACUAUAUAGAAAUAAAAGAAUAUUAAAAUGAAGCAUAUUUCAAAGUAAGAUUA